CCACUGUUGUUACUGACUGAGCCAGGAGAGAGCUGGAACCUUUGUGAGUGAAUGAGACAACACGACACGGAGAGUAAGAUCACACACAAAGACUUGAGUCCAACAUCUUCCUGUUGGUAUUGUUGUAUGUCUCUUGCUGUCUUUCAGCAGCAGAGGGAACCAAGCUUGACAUACAGUAUAGAGAUGGAGAAGAGUGGUGUUCCUGAGUGUCUCACCCACUCUGAGGUAUUGGGUCAGCUGAGAAGAGAGCUGUCCCAUUCAUCUGACUUCCACAUCUUCAUCAUACUGGGAGCCUCAAUUAUGUGCCUGUCUAUCUCCACAGUCCCUGAAUCAUCAGAAUGACUGUCCGUAAACGCUGUUCAAGGUUCAGGUGGCUGUUCAGAGAUGAUCUUCUCCCAGAAGAGACCCACUUUGUGGGCUUUGCUCGCUCCAAGCUGACUAUGGAUGACAUCAGGACAGCAUGUCUGCCACAUAUGAAGGUUGGUGAUGGUGAGAGUGAGCGCCUCGCUGCGUUCUUCAGUAGGAACUCUUACCUGAGCGGCAGGUAUGAUGAGGAGGACUCCUUCUCUGAGCUGAAUGCCCACCUGAGCUCCCUGACCACCAGCAGGGGGGCUGACCAUGCUAACUGUGUCUUCUACCUGGCAUUGCCCCCCAGCGUCUACCAUCAUGUUAGCAAGAACAUCAGAGCCCACUGCAUGUGCCGCAAAGGUUGGAGCAGGGUGAUAGUGGAGAAGCCAUUUGGUCGUGACUUGCAGAGUUCUCAGGAGCUGUCGUCCCACUUCUCCUCCCUGUUCAGAGAAGACCAGAUCUACCGCAUAGACCACUACCUGGGCAAGGAGAUGGUGCAGAACCUCAUGGUCCUCAGGUUUGGGAACCGUAUCUUUGGUCCUAUCUGGAACAGGAACAGCGUGGCCUGUGUGGUUCUAACCUUUAAAGAACCAUUCGGUACACAGGGACGCGGAGGAUACUUUGAUGACUUUGGCAUCAUCCGUGAUGUCAUGCAGAACCACCUCCUCCAGAUGCUCUCUCUGGUUGCCAUGGAGAAGCCUGCCUCCACCAGCCCUGAUGACGUGAGAGAUGAGAAGGUGAAGGUGUUGAAAUGCAUCGCCCCAGUGCCUCGGUCUGAUGUGGUGCUGGGUCAGUACAUAGGGGACCCUGAGGGGGAGGGCCAUGCCAGACUGGGUUACCUAGAUGAUCCCACCGUGCCCAACGGCUCCCAGACGCCUACCUUCGCCACCUCUGUGCUCUACGUACAGAAUGAGAGAUGGGAUGGUGUUCCGUUCGUCCUGCGUUGCGGUAAGGCACUCAACGAGCGUAAGGCGGAAGUGCGUCUCCAGUUCACGGAUGUUCCAGGGGACAUCUUUAAUGAGCAGUGCCAGAGGAAUGAGCUGGUGGUGAGGGUACAGCCUGAUGAGGCCAUCUACCUCAAGAUGAUGACCAAGAAGCCUGGAGCCUACUUCAGCCCUGAGGAGACUGAACUGGACCUUACCUACAGGAGCAGAUACAAGGACGUGAAGCUCCCUGAUGCAUAUGAGCGUCUGAUUCUGGAUGUGUUCUGUGGGAAUCCGAUGCACUUUGUCCGCAGUGAUGAGCUGCGAGAAGCCUGGAGGAUCUUCACUCCCCUCCUCCAUCACAUAGAGGGAGAGAAAACACCUCCUAUCCCUUACACCUAUGGAAGUCGUGGACCAAAUGAAGCGGAUGAGCUCGUGAGGAGGGUGGGAUUCCGCUACGAGGGAACAUACAAGUAUAUGUCCCAGUUCUGAGCAUGCUCUCACUCCAUAGCCCACAGACGGUUACUGCUGGGAGGAAGCAGAAUGAAUGAAAGAUCAAAAAUGUGUCUCUGUAUACAUUGGGUGUGCUCGUUUUACAUCGCCUGGUUCCCCGGGUGGGUGAAAAUGUCACCAGGACAAAUGGAAUCGUCUAAAAUGUACAACGGGUGACGCAAAACAAAUGUCCCCAAUGACAAUAGCUGAUUCAAAAAAUUGCACUGUAUGCAAUGUAUGCUUGGAUCAACUGUCACUGUGGUUUUGAGAAGAGUUUGAGAAUGGUCUCAAUGUUCAAGAACAACAGGUUUGUCCUACUCUUCUAUACUCACGAGAUAAAAGUGUGUCUCUUGCUCUCUGUGAGGAAACGUCAGUUCUGUCAUAAAUAAUAAAUGAUGUGUAACCUCAAAAUUCUG